AUGACACGCUCCACAGAGCACCUGUACAAGUUUACCUGUAGGUUCUGGGGCAGACCGGCUCUCCUCAGCUUCCCCAGGAGAAAGACACUCUGGUGCCUUGCUGAUGACGGUGGUUGCGUGCAAGGCCCAAGAACUCUCGCAGGGUGCCAACGUGAACUCAGAUCUGACUUGAAGAAGAAGUUUCAGUGUUUGUUUGAGGGGAUUGCUAAAGCAGGAAACCCAACACCUCUGAAUCAGAUCUACACAGAGCUGUACAUCACAGAGGGAGAGAGUGGAGAGCUCAAUGAGGAACAUGAGGUCAGACAGAUUGAAACAGCAUCCAGGAAAUCAGCCAGACCAGAAACCCCAAUCAAAUGUGAAGACAUCUUUAAACCUUUACCUGGAAGAGAUCAACUAAUCAGAACAGUGAUGACAAAGGGAGUGGCUGGCAUUGGGAAAACAGUCUUAACACAGAAGUUCACUCUGGACUGGGCUGAACACAAAGCCAACCAGCAUGUCCACUUCACAUUUCCAUUCACCUUCAGAGAGCUGAAUCUGCUGAGAGGGAAAAAGUUGAGCUUGGUGGAACUUCUUCAUCACUUCUUCACUGAGACCAAAGAAGCAGGAAUCAGCGGGUUUGAGCAGUUCCAGGUUGUGUUGAUCUUUGACGGUCUGGAUGAGUGUCGACUUCCUCUGGACUUCAAGAACAACCAGAUCCUGACUGAUGUUACAGAGUCCACCUCAGUGGACGUUCUGCUGACAAACCUCAUCAAGGGGAACCUGCUUCCCUCUGCUCACCUCUGGAUAACCACACGACCCGCAGCGGCCAAUCAUAUCCCUCCUGAAUGUGUUGGCAUGGUGACAGAGGUGAGAGGCUUCACUGACCCACAGAAGGAGGAAUACUUCAGGAAGAGAUUCAGAGAUGAGGAGCAGGCCAGCAGAAUCAUCUCCCACAUCAAGACGUCACGAAGCCUCCACAUCAUGUGCCACAUCCCAGUCUUCUGCUGGAUCACUGCUACAGUUCUGGAGGACGUGUUGAAAACCAGUGAGGGAGGAGACCUGCCCAAGACCCUGACUGAGAUGUACAUCCACUUCCUGGUGGUUCAGUCCAAAGUGCAGAACGUCAAGUAUCAUGGGAAAACUGAAACAGAUCCACUCUGGACUCCAGAGACCAGGGAGAUGAUCCUGUCUCUGGGAAAACUGGCUUUUGAGCAGCUGGAGAAAGGCAACCUCAUCUUCUAUGAAGCAGACCUGGCAGAGUGUGGCAUUGAUAUCAGAGCAGCCUCAGUGUACUCAGGAGUGUUCACACAGAUCUUUAAAGAGGAGCGUGGGCUGUACCAGGACAAGGUUUUCUGCUUCGUCCAUCUGAGCCUGCAGGAGUUUCUGGCUGCUGUUCAUGUCUUUGUGACAUUCAUCAACUCUGGAGUCAAUCUGCUGUCAGAAGAACAAUCAACGUCCCAACUACAACACCUCUACCAGAGUGCUGUGGACAAGGCCUUACAGAGUCCAAAUGGACACCUGGACUUGUUCCUGCGCUUCCUCCUGGGUCUUUCACUGCAGACCAAUCAGACUCUCCUACGAGGCCUGCUGACACAGACAGGAAGUAGCUCACAGACCAAUCAGGAAACAGUCCAGUUCAUCAAGGAGAAGAUCAGGGACAAUCCCUCUCCAGAGAGAAGCAUCAACCUGUUCCACUGUCUGAAUGAGCUGAAUGACCAUUCUCUAGUGGAGGAGAUCCAACAGUACCUGAGAUCAGGACGUCUCUCCACAGACAAACUCUGUCCUGCUCAGUGGUCAGCUCUGGUCUUCAUCUUACUGUCAUCAGAAGAAGAUCUGGAGGUGUUUGACCUGAAGAAAUACUCUGCUUCAGAGGAGGCUCUUCUGGGACUGCUGCCACUAGUCAAAGCCUCCAAGAAAUCUGUGCUGAGUGUGUGUAAUCUGUCAGAGAGAAGCUGUGCAGCUCUGGCCUCAGUUCUCAGCUCCCAGUCCUCUAGUCUGAGAGAGCUGGACCUGAGUAACAAUCACCUGCAGGAUUCAGGAGUUAAGCUGCUCUCUGCUGGACUGGAGAGUCCACACUGCAGACUGGAGACUCUCAGGCUGAGUGGCUGUAAUCUGUCAGAGAGAAGCUGUGCAGCUCUGGCCUCAGUGCUCAGCUCUCAGUCCUCUAGUCUGAGAGAGCUGGACCUGAGUAACAACCAGCUGCAGGAUUCAGGAGUGAAGCUGCUCUCUGCUGGACUGGAGAGUCCACACUGCAGACUGGAGGCUCUCAGGCUGAGUGUGUGUAAUCUGUCAGAGAGAAGCUGUGCAGCUCUGGCCUCAGUUCUCAGCUCCCAGUCCUCUAGUCUGAGAGAGCUGGACCUGAGUAACAACCAGCUGCAGGAUUUAGGAGUGAAGCUGCUCUCUGCUGGACUGGAGAGUCCACACUGCAGACUGGAGACUCUUAGGCUGUCAGGCUGUCUGCUCACACAGGAAGGCUGUGCUUCUCUGGCCUCAGCUCUGAGCUCCAACCCCUCCCAUCUGAGAGAGCUGGACCUGAGCUACAAUCAUCCAGGAGACUCAGGAGUGAAGCUGCUCUCUGCUGGACUGGAGGAUCCAACCUGGAGACUGGAGGCUCUCAGGGUGGACCAUGGUGGAGAGCAGUGGUUGAAACCAGGUCUGAGGAAGUAUUCCUGUGAACUCAAACUGGACACAAACACAGCAAACAGAGAACUCGUCCUGUCUGAGGACAACAGGAAGGUGACACGGGUGAGAGAGGAGCAGCCAUAUCCUGAUCACCCAGAGAGGUUUGAGGACUGGAAACAGAUCCUGUGUAGAGAUGGUCUGACUGGUCGCUGCUACUGGGAGGUGGAGAGGAGAGGAACAAUUUCUGUAGCAGUGGCUUACAGAGGAAUCAGCAGGAGAGGAGACAGUGCUGACUGUGUUCUUGGAUACAACGACAAGUCCUGGAGUCUGCUCUGCUAUGAUGAUGGUUUCUCUGUGUGGCACAAUAACAUGAGAACAAACAUCCCUGCCUCCCCCUCCUCUAACAGAGUGGCAGUGUAUCUGGACUGGCCUGCUGGCUCUCUGUCCUUCUACAGCGUCUCCUCUGACACACUGAUCCACCUCCACACCUUCAACAACACCUUCACUGAGCCUCUGUACCCGGGGUUCAGGAUCUGGUCAUACGUCUCCUCAGGGUCUCUGUGUGAGAUUUGAGGAGGGAAAGUCACCUCCUGUGUAGAGAAACACACACACACACACACACACACACACACACACACACACA